UCAAUCCCCGUUCCUCGUCAUCCCACGUAUCCGAGGAUUUUGUGAGAGUUCGGCCCUCGCGAGGGAGAGAGAGAUCCUCGACUCUUCUUCCACCACCAAUCUUCCGAACCGGGAUCUCACUCACGUAUUCCGAAAGACGAACGGCAACUUCGUUACUCGCAUUCACGACCGACAUGUCGUAUCAUUCGAAAUUCGCCAGCAAAAACACGCACCAUCGCUGUAAGCUCGGGGGUCCUAGAUAAGCACGAGCGGAUUCGAUACGCAUUAUGAGUUCGCGAUACUGUGAACGUGCUUGCUGUGAAGUUCCCGAAUCAUGAGACUCAAGGUCAUUCUAAAGCUAAGAUGACCCUGCGCACGGAUUGACUCCCUCGAAGGGAAGUUCGUUCGCAGUGUGGAUAUUUCGGAUUUAAGGAUCAGGAAGUGCUCCGUUAUUAUCAUACUCUCGUCCAACUUGGCUUGCGAAGAAGUGGGCCGGUUUGCCCCGAGGCUGUAGGUCAGUUCGCGUUUCGUAUUCGAGGACCAGACGGAAAGAAAUUUGCGAGAAAGAGACGCGGGCAGAGAGACGAGCGAGGAAGAAGAAUGCAUAUUUCGCCAGAGGGAAGAGAAGAGAGGCAAAAAAUCGUCAAUCGGCUUCGGGUAUUCUCGCGGUAAAAAACGAGGCUCGAUAUUAAUCUAUGCGAACCACAGAGAAAAUCGCAUGACGAGAUGAUGUAGCACUUGCGAUGGAUUCAACAAGUGAAGAAACGAGGUUGAGAAACGCGGCGGGCAUAAAAGUGAAUCAAAAAUGAAAUGUUCCUGCCGGCUGUUUCUAAGCGGGGAAUUGCGAAAAAGAGCCCGUGCGAAAGAGAAUAGCGGUUAGAAAAUUAGACGACGGUCUGCCUCGAGGCAGCUUACGUUUCUGCCAGAGACCAGACGUGCGGAAAAUCGUGAGGGAGAGAAAGGAAGGGCUAACCUCGUCAAGGACAAAGUGAAGUCAAAGCGAAGAAAAACGAGGGGUCGAGAGUAAUCAGCACGCGUCGCUCUAAUGGAUACGAUUAUAAAAAAAGAGUCGAUUUUUAAACUUUAUCGUUAGGAAAGAUAUUCGACUUGUGUGUCUAUUUGCAAGGCACGGGAUAGAAAUAAAUCGAAAUUAUUUCAAUAUAAUUUUGAUAUAAAUAACUUAUAUUCAUUAGAUAGAAAUCUUAUCGAUAAAACUAGGCAUCAAAAGAAGGUUGAAGAAGAAAGUAAAUUAAACACUAAUUAAUGUCACUUGUAAGAUACGCGAACAGGAAUAAUUAAGGAACGAAUAAUUAAGGAAUAAUAUUGACGGAGAAACCAAGAUAUUGCUUCAAACCAGAAUAGCAUUAGUGAAUACGCUUGGAACUAUUUACUUAGGAGAAAUCGAUCAUAUGGCGUACAAUUAAGAAACCAGUUCUCGUAAUGAAAAUAAACAAAUAAUCUUGAAGGAGCCUCUUCCCAUCUUAUCGGAAAAUCUUGAAAACGCGAAAAAAUUGGUAUCUGAAAUUUUCAUUAAAAUCAUUGAAUUAAUCGAUAUCACACACACAAUUUCUUUCUCUCACGUAAAAUACCUUUUUAUAUUUAUUAAAAUCAUCAUACUUUUUACUAUUCGAAGGAGCCUAUCACAAAACACUCGAAAUCAAUUUGAUUGAUGAAAGUCUGCGAUUGCGAAGGCAGUUAAGGGACGCAGAUAAAGGACCGACAAGACUCUUAUUGUCGCGACAGACUCGCCCCCGAGUAUGCCGUAAAAAGUAUCAAUUUGCGAAAGGUGGAGCGGCGACCCUGGGUUCACGGAGACGCGUGGCUGACAGGUCAAAGAUCGCAUCGAGGGCAAAGAGAAAGGACCGUGAAAGUUCCAAAGUAGCGGUGAAAGAAAAGCCAACCCGAGAAGUGGAUGUCUUGAACGAUGUGUCCCGGAGAACCGGGAGAAACGAUCGUAAAGGCAAUUCUUGAGUGACGUUUUUAACCCUUCGUCUUACGCGUGGAGAAUAAAUAAAUACGAAAUCUGGACGCCUACCGAAAAGCAUAGGCAUUAGAAAAAUAAGAGCGGCGAAGAGUGAACGAAGAUGAGCAGGCAGAACGUAUCACCCCCAGGCAUCAAUUCCUGCGAGAGAAUCAGGCCGGAGCGACCCAGAAAUACGAUACAAAGACUCGUAUGGGGUCCUGGCUCGCAGUUCCAGGUCGGCCAUAUCGGUAUUCCGGAGGAUGAGGGCUCCAAUCCACGGAUGGCAUUGAGAAGACUACUAAGAUUGUACGAGGGAAGACAAUAUAGGGAGGCGGCCGGCUUCUUGAUGAAACUACCGCAUUAUACUCUGAAGGCUGCCUUGACAGAUAUUCCGGUGGACCUGUUGAUCGAGACGCUGCCGCACAGUCUCAUCCUGCUGGAGGCGCUUUAUUCUCGGUUGGUGGAGCUGAACGUCAGCGAUACGAAGAUCUUGCGAAUCGAGCAAGUUCUCUGGAGGAUAGUGCAUCUGAUAUCGACCAGUCAUGACCACUCUCGACCGCGAAUCUGGUGCAAACUUCUCGUAUCCUUAAACAGAUUAUCGCCCAACACAAAGAACAUACUGAUAUCGAGGAAACGCGCCCUAGAGAGAGCCGUAGAGGGACUUGGCAAGCAUGGACUGGUGCCUUCCUCGCAAACGAACAACUCCGAGAACUCCGUUACGUCGAAUCUGGUACCUCUGCCGGUUGCGUUGAAAGAGGAACUCGAGACGCGAAUGGAGACUUACAAAUUGGCGUUACACAAGGUCGAGAACUUUGGCAAGCACGCUGGAACCCAUAAAGAUCAAGGUGUACAGGCAGCCUCGCAUCAGCGGCAACUUUCCCUGAAAUACAGCGAGAUCCAGCAGCGGCUGAUCGAUAAUCAGAGCCUGCUGAACACCUUGGAGAAAGCGGGAGGACCGUGCAGCUUGGAGAAUCUACUGGCGGAGUUGAAGCGCCGGGUCGAGCAGGACAAGGAGGCGCUCCGACAAUGGACGGCCUUGCGAAACUCGACCUUCGUAUCGACGAACGCGAAGAAUCCGGCCCUCGCCGCCAGGUUGCUGCAAUUUUCCAGGGGCUGCGCCUUUGCCCUGCAGUUUAUGAGCGAGGAUAAUCCACAGGUAUUUCAUCUCGAGGAGAAUCUAGGCGACGACUACGAGGAGGAAUCCAGCAGCGCUGGCUACCAUACGGACGACAGUUGUAGCCCAACUCCGGAGCCAGUUGUAACGGGCAGCAACUGCGAAAUUCUCAGCGUGGAGGAGAAUUGCUCAGAUUUAACCUCGGCGGACAUUACGGUGGAGCGACUCGCCGAGAGAUACGGCGCUCUUUACGCCCAGGCCAAUUUGCAUACCCUGGACGCAUUAGACGCGCUAGAGCCACUCAAGGACGCUCCUGACUUAAAAGCGAAGAUUCUCUACUCGGUCGUAGUGCUCUCGUGGCGUUUAGCCGGCAUGGUCCAGACAUCACGACGCCUGGAGGCCUUGAAGAUCCUGAACGGCGCGGCCGCGCCGCAGACGUUGGGGACGACGCCGGAGCUCGAGGAAUGCAUAAAACGGCAACUGGCCACUUCCGGCGCGCAGACCGGUUCCCACGAGGUCGCCGAGCAGGUGGUCAACCAGCUGGAGAGGACACUGUACGACUUUCCGUGUCUGCGUGGCUGCACCGAGGUCAAGAGUUACGCCACCGCGUGCUCCACUUUGGCCUGGGCGUGCCUGGCACGUUCCACGCCGCUGGUGCUCGACGUAGCCCAGGGUCUGGAGUUUCGCAGAGAGGUCCACGUGAGGCAUCACGCCUCCCCGAAUCCGCACGGGAUCAGGAUCAGGUCGGUCCUGUGGCCGGGACUUCGGGAAGGAUGUCAAGGCCCCUGCCUUCACAGAGCCGUCGUGACGACCUGCUGAAGUACUUGCGGGACUUCUACAAGGAAAAAAAAGGAAGAAGCUGAUUUAUAUACAAUUGUCACUUCAAGGGUUAAUUGAUCUUGAUAAAAAAAUAUUUUACACAAACUUCGAAGAGAGAGAUGCUCUAUGAAUUCAAUAAAUGACACUGUCAGAUAACAAUCAGAUAGUAAUUUUCUAUAAUUUAAUUAUUACUUUGCAUAGAAUAAAUAACAGAAUUAUACAUUCUUGUUUCAUAGCCUCAAGAAAAUUUAUUUUCAUCUUAAAACACAAUUUGUCUCUCGCUGGGUCACCGUGCCAAUAUCGAACAAAAAUCUCGACAAUUAUAGAUUUACAAUUAUUACAAAAUUUUAUAUAAAUUCAAGACUUGUGCAAUUAUAAAUUAUGAGAUACGUAAAUAAAUAUUUUUAAGCAACGUUUUUAAAUUUGCAAUUAUACAACUUAUGUUAGUCACGAAGAGAUAAUUAUAUAUGACAGAUGUGAUAGAUAAUUUCAUAUGCUGCAUCGCAGAUCCAAUAUCGUGCGUAUUCGUGAUAUGUAUUCCACAUCGUUGACACUUGACGCCGCAACCGGGCCUUAAAUUUCUGAAAUGUAUCUCGCGCGUGUUGCUCGAGAUUCCAUUGACCGCAUAAUGAGGAAUUCAGGGUAGUAUGACAGGGUAGUGUGUUGAAGUACUGUAUAUGCCUGCAUUCUUUUGUUAUGCAUAUAUUAUGUAUAUUUUAUCCAGUCAAAAUAAAAAAAGAUUAAUACGAACGAAUAAUGAUUAAUAUAAAAGGUCAUGCAAACAGAUUAUGUGAUAGGCAAUAAUAAAUGACAAUCAAAAAAUUAUUCGUGAAAUCGAAUGAAAAAAAUGUGCAUUUAUAUCAUAUUUGCUAGAGGGAGUA